ACUGGACAAAAUGAAGAUUGGCGCCAGGUUUCCCUCGCGCAUGCCCACGGACCACAUUCUCAAACAAAUUGCAUUCCCUCCUCCGCCAGCAGCGUUUCGCGAAACAAUUUCCCUUGACGGGUCGGUAAGACCCCCGCGAAUUGGCAUUCGAGAACAGGGGCGUAUCCGCAAAGCAUGUCGAAUGGCUGGGCUUGAUUCUGUGGCGAACCUUGGACUACCGGCGGAAGUAGGUGGGAUCUUCAAAGCCAAAGCGGUGCAGCCGAAGGGGACAAAGAAGGAGCUGGAGCAAUACAACAGGGAGAAGAAAAUUGCGGAAAAUAUGGCCAAAAUGCCGGAACGCAUUGCCGCAUGGAAGGAGGAACGGCGCAAAGCGAAAGAAGCUGCGAAACCUGAACUUCCAUUCUGAUCCAUUCCCACAUGUACAUUAUCAAUUCCCUUUGUGGAUAGUCGUUACCCCUAGUCGAACAUGUCUACCCGUUUAAUUUGCAUUUAGAAAGAGCACGGCCAAACUGGUCAAAACCACUCUACGUCGGCAAAAAUGCCGUAUCUCUGCGAUUAAUGAUUAUAUACGUCUAUUUACAAUCCA